GUGAGGAAGGAAGAGGGGAGCGGAUAAAAAGAAGAGGAGAGGAAGGGAAGCGGAUUGCUGCAGCUCAUUCGAGUCAACAUAACGCAGGAGUUUAAUUCCUCCCUUCCCUUCCGCACCGUCCAUAAUGACAAUCUAAUUAGCGGUGCGCCAAAAUAAAAAAAAAAAUUACGCACAACUUUUUCUUCUUCUCUAGUCACUUUACCGGGUCAUCCUCGCCGGUAAAUAUUAACAAGAAAAGAAAACCAGUGGACCAUCGUUCAUCACUCGGACCUCAGAUCUCCUGCGCUCGCGAGCAACCAUCGGGGGUCUGAUGGGGGCAGUGGCUGAGGUCGGGAGCUUCGCCAACGGGUUUUUGGAUAGCUUUGGAGCCGCUUCAGCUUCGGUCGGUUCGCAUUUCGUUCUCACCCCAGCGGGGGCCGUGGACUACAACUCUGCAACGGGACUGAUGCUGGGAGGACAGGCGCUGCUGCAGCAGCACCAUCACCACCAGCAGCAGCAGCAGAAGCAGCAACAGCAGCAGCCGCAGCAGCAGCACCACCAGCAGCAGGAGAACCUGGUGUCCGCGGAGAGGCUAUCCCGGAGCCUGGCAGACCUGAGCCAUCUGAAAGGGAUCCUGAGGCGGCGGCAGCUUUACUGCAGGACCGGCUUCCAUCUGGAGAUCCAUCCGGACGGGACAGUGGAGGGUACCAGGAAAGACCACAGCAGAUUCGGUGGAAAAGACCAUGUGACUGCUGGGCACUGGAUGAUCAGUCUUGAGAGCCAUAUUGUAUGUGAGGGCAUUCAACCAACCUUUGUGACCGGGCUUGCUGCACUGUUUUCAAUGUACUACACCUACAAUAUCAAGAAGAGGCUGCAUGUACACUUGAAUUCAUCCAGAGGCACUUUCUUGAUAUCAACCCUGAAAGAGGGACCAAGGCCAGCUGUGGCAAGAUCGUCUCCAAGAGGACAGGAAAUACUGUUCAAAAGAAGUUGGUCACUGUCAACCCCCAUGUUUCAACUCUGCUAAAAAAACCUCAUGGACUUCGAGUGGAAUUUCAUAUAGGUUAGUGAGAACUUUCUAACCAGGCUAUAAAUAUGGUUGCCCCUCCACGCAAAAACAAACAAACAAACAAAAAACUAUACAGGCAUGAAGGCAACUUAUCCCUGAACAGGAGUGUUCUUGAGAGAUUUUUUUUGGUUUAAAGGUCAGCAUAAUCUUAGACAUCUCUUUUAAUUUAUAGCAUAAAUUUUGUUAAGGGUCCCACAUUCUGUUCUUCAGAUAUAAUUUGUAAUUUUGACUGUACAGGCACAAUGUUUAAUAUAAAAUAUUGUUUCAUUGUCUUAUCAUUUGAAGUUGGAGCUCUGAUUUUGCCCUAAAGGAAAUUCAAGUCUAAAUGUUUCAUUUAAAUUUUUAUCAAACUAAAAUUUGCAAUUUUUUUCUAUGCUUUAGAUUGAAAGUUAAAUGUUUCAUUUGUUUUAUGUUGCAUCAUAUUGUUCCUCACUUCCUCUAAAAGUAGUAUUUUGUAUUGAAAAAGUAGUGUGCUGAGUUGUACAAUGCAUUAUUUCAUAAUUUCUUUCAUACUUAUUUUAUUUCAGAUUAAUCAAAAGGCCACAAUUCAUGCUUUAUUCAAAAACUCUUUAAAUCAGUUAUUAAAAAAUUUAUUUUACAAAAUAGAUGGGGAUUUUCUUACUGUUUUUCCAGAAUACGACUUACUUUGGACAGUUUACCCUCAACAUACUUGUAGAAAAGGUUUAGGUUUAAGGCACACAUACGUUGUCGUUUCAAAACCUUCUUCUUUAUUAUGUGGCCCACUAAAGACUGUGUAUGAGUCAAUGUUUGAGUUGGUGCUUUUUUUUCCCAAAUAAAUGUUGGUUGACAUGAUGGAACUUACAUUUUCUAAGUGUUUUUUUUUAUGUUUCUAUUUUGUAUUGGAAAUUUACAGUAGUAAGCUGUAUGUGAAUUCAACAGUAAUGAUACCAUAGAAAAACUGUAAAAUACUGGCAACACAGCUGCCAGUAAUCUACUGUAAAUCUGAUAAAAACAGCAAUGCACUGUAAUCAAAAGAUUUCUUUUGUGACAGUAAUAUACUGUAAA